GUCACUCAGUCACCGCAUGUACACGCCCCGUUACGCACAUCACACGCUCUACUACGGCUCCAAUUCAGCUCUAAACUUCUCACAUGCUGCGCGCUCAAGGCUGUACUGUGACGCCGGAGGAAUUCGCGUAACGGAGCUCAUCUAUACUUCUCGGUGAUACCUGUGACUCUACUGUACUGUACCUCUAUCGGGACGGGAAGCAAUGACAUGCAUAAAACCGCCGCAGGUUUCACCGCACGACCUCUUUGUGAGUCUCUACUUUAAUUUAUUGGCACAAAAGUGAACGAGCGCGCGCUUCUUCGGUGUCUGUGGCGCAGGGACGCGUGGCAUCACGGGGAAUGGAAGUGAUGUCUGUAUGUGUGCUUUGGGCAAUGGAAAUCUACUCCUAACAUUACGGAGAGAUUGCGAUCUCAGCCAUUUCUGCCGACUGGCAACAUGAAACACACACUUUGGUGGAACUUGGCCAGAUUGAUGGUGUUCUGGAGACUGGCACAUGCACAGUCUGGUCCUGAUGGGGAGAUCACUGCAGAAGAACAAGUGCAGAUGCUCCUGGAUGCCAAACUUCAGUGCCUCCACACUGUCUCUACACAUGACCUAGCAGUGGAUGUGUGCCCUGCAGAAUGGGACGGAUUGAUCUGUUGGCCACGAGGUUCCCCUGGAUUUCUGACCAAAGCACCGUGUCCCAAAUACAUCUAUGAUUUCAACCAUGCAGGCUUUGCCUACAGGAGGUGUGAAUCUAACAGUUCCUGGGUGCUCGGAGAGGGUCUGAAUAAGACGUGGGCCAAUUACACAGAGUGUAUAAAAUCUCCUGGGCCAAACAGUGAGCGACAAGUAUUUUUCGAGAGGCUUCACAUCAUGUACACUGUGGGGUACGCCGUGUCCUUUGGGUCGCUUCUCGUGGCCAUCCUUAUCAUCGGAUAUUUUAGGAGGUUGCAUUGCACAAGGAACUACAUCCACAUGCACCUGUUCGUGUCCUUCAUACUACGUGCUAUAAGCAUCUUCAUAAAAGACCGGGUGGUGCACACCAGCGCUGGACUCCAGGAGUUCGAUGCCGUGCUCAUGAAUAAUCUCACAAACACGGUGGAUGUGGCACCAGUGAACACCUCUCAGUAUAUAGGCUGUAAGGUGACAGUUCUUCUGUUCAUCUAUUUCCUGGCAACAAACUAUUACUGGAUCCUGGUGGAAGGCUUGUAUCUACACAGCCUCAUCUUCAUGGCCUUCCUGUCAGACACUAAGUACCUGUGGGGCUUCACUCUGAUCGGAUGGGGUGUACCUGCCCUCUUUGUGUCAGCCUGGGCAAUCGUAAGAGCAACAGUGGCAGAUUCCAGAUGCUGGGAGCUAAGUGCAGGCAACAUCAAAUGGAUCUAUCAAGUUCCCAUCCUGACAGCCAUCGGGCUAAACUUUAUCCUGUUUGUGAAUAUUGUUCGAGUUCUGGCAACCAAGAUCCGCGAGACCAACGCAGGCAGAUACGACACAAGGAAACAGUACAGGAAGCUGGCUAAAUCCACACUGGUGUUGGUGUUGGUUUUCGGUGUACACUACAUCGUGUUUGUGGGGAUGCCGCACACCUUCAAAGGAGUCGGCUGGGAAGUGCGCAUGUACUGCGAGCUGUUCUUCAACUCCUUCCAGGGUUUCUUUGUGUCCAUAAUCUACUGUUAUUGUAAUGGAGAGGUCCAGACAGAAAUAAAAAAGACCUGGACACGCUGGAAACUGGCCUUCGACUGGAAGGGUCCGGUAGUCUGUGGCACUUACCGUUAUGGCUCAGUGCCAACAGGCCUCAACAACAGCACUGGCAGCCAAUCACACCUGGCCACAGGGGCACCUGGUACGCGCUCCACCACGCUCUUCUCCAGUCGCGUGUACCGCAGCACCGGAGCCCCGUCCAUCAGUGCCCACAUGGCGCUGCCAGGCUAUGUGCUUAACAACUCGGAUGCUGACAGCCUACCUCCAUCGGUUCCUGAGGAGUCAGAGGACAGUGCAAAGCAAGUGGAUGAUAUUCUGCUGAAAGAGUCACUGCCUGCACUUCCCAGUAGUGGUCCUGAAGAUGAUGAAGAGACUUUGUAGAUAACAAUAUCUGAACUCUGGCACAAUAUUGAAACAUUUCAUCUAAUGACAGGAUGUUAUACCACACCUUAAGGAUCAGAAGAAAUAAACGACAAACUUUACAGUCUUUUAAGACAAACUCUGAUCUACUUCUCUUUUGGGACAAAGACCAGGCCUGAACUUCUACAGUACCAUCUUUAGUUAGUUGGUUAACUUCCUUAAAAAAACAUCCCAUCUGAUUCUUUCUCUUGUAGUGAGACAAAGUUCCUGAAUGGGAUUUCACACAGACUCGACCACUUCAUUAGACCUUACCCAUGUGGACGCCAUCUGACACAUGGAUCACAGAACAGUGAAAGCUGCUUCUCGUUCCGAGUCAGAGACGUCUUCAUACCAUAUGAAGUACACUUCAUCAGCGGCGCCCUGUAGGGAUUCUGAUAAACGGAUAAUUGGUCAGAGUCACUAAGGACAAUCCUACAUUAUGACCCUAAUGCCUUUGCUGCUACAUUAAUUCGAGUGUCAGCUUUUAAUCUUCCCCUACAAGAAGGUCUUUAAUGCCCCUUUUCCACCGAGGCAGUUCGAGUGCAGGUUCAGAGCCUAAUUUAGAACCAGUUCUUUCUGUUUCGACCGCCAAAGCACCGGCUCCG